GGGAAAGAAAAAAAUCAGGGGAAAUAUAGAAAACAGAAAGUGUGAUAUGGUGGUGGAUAUCUGAGAAGGGAUAGAGAAGUGAAGCUUCGUGAGGGAAUUUCAUGUGAGACUCAGGUUCUCGUAGACCUGGCAAGGAAAGUGUGAGUUAACGAUGGCAGUUGCUCAGAUAUUUUCGGAUCAUCAGAGAUUCUGAGGCUUACAUAACUAUCACAUGUGCUGUUUGUAAUAGGACUCUGGAGUUUGUUCUUAAGGCAGGUGCCUGGGUUGCGUUUGUGAUAGUUAAUUAAACAAAGUUGCAUGAGAAUAAGAGCACCUCUUCAAACUUGCUGGAGGGUGGCUCUCACUAGUGCACCUUAUGUUCUGUUAAAGCAGCGCAGCUGCUUGGAUUUUCAGUGGCCCUCCCUUGCUGUGAUGAAGCAAACCUGGGUAAUGCCAGCUGCAUCUUGGUACAAAUCCAUAGCCACAAAACUGCCGAACUGCUUGGCGCUUCUCAUCCAGUCUCUUCAGGAGAGCACUUUGUUACAGAAUUACAUAUUUACUCCUUUCCACCUUAAAUGUGGAUACUUUAGAAAUUACUGCACUUGGAGUUGAUCUGUCACAGACACUGGCCAGGGCUGUUGUGUGCUGGUGGAAUUGUGGUCAGUUCUUCUCAGAGUGUGCUUCUAAGGCAGAGAGGAUCAGGAGUCUGUGCUUCUGCCUGCACCUCUCUGCAUUUGGAACAGGAGGAUAAAAAUAAAGGUCACAGCAGACCGAUGAGAUUACCCAUCUGCCGUGGGCUGUGCACUUUGUUGGCUCUAGACAUACCAGACUGCCAUAGUGAGAGAGAUGCCUGAGGAAUAGGUAAAUCUCCCUUUGCUGUAACUAGGGACAAAGGUGAAGGAUGGAAAUAAUAAAUGUCUUACAAGGGCUGAAUCUGGGAUAAAAGGUAGUGGAGUAUAAGUGAGCUCUUUGGGUGUGGGAGAAAGGUGUGUGGAAACAGAGGCUGCAGCAGACUCACAUAGGAAGGAAAGGAGAGGGUUUAGGAAUGAGUACAUGUAGGUUAGAGACAGCAAGUAAAGAUUUCAAGAGAGUGAACAUGGUGGGGCUGAGCAAAUUGCUGAAAGAGUCAAAUGUAAGAGCAAGCAGUGGGCAGGGGUCUUGGGCAGAGCUGAUGAACAGCCAUAUAAAGUAGCAUAUUCAGUGCUGUGGGUGGAUGGAUGUGUUACCAAGUGUCUGGAAAGUGAUAAGGAGCUGUUUGCACCUUCUGUGUUCUGAGUGCUCUGUGUGUAGGCUGGUGCAGGCAAUACUGCAUAUGGUGGGACAUCUGGCCACAUGCUCUUUUCUGCUGGUAAAGAUGCCUACAUAUUCUCCUCCUUUUUACCUGGACACCACAUCAUUUCUGUGCCCAUGUCUUUUAUUAGCAUAUCUUAGGAAAAAUACAUGCAAAGGGAUAGGUGUUAAGGGCAGAUGUUGUAUCUUGAUAUCCAAUACUGUGUAACAGCUUUGGGGCUUUGGCUUGUGAAACUUGCCAGAAGCUGUGUAAGCAACCCUGAGUGUUUGGGGCAACCGUUUUAGGUUUGUGAGAGUGUGUGGGGUUUGCUAUGAUUUUUGUUGUUGUUUGUAAUUCUAAAAACAAAAACCAAACCAAAAAGACAGAAAAGAAAAAUAUGAAAAAAUGCUGAGAAGCAGAGCUCAGGUGCGCUUCAGCUCAGCCUCUCUUGUGCAGGACAGGCUUUUCUCAGAGAUGGGGAUGCUGCUGGAGGGAUAUGCCUUCUUUCUUUCUCCCUGUGUGCUAAUCUCUCCCAGCAGCUGUUCUUAGCCUGAGAUGAAAUUCUCUUUGUUUGUGGCUCUGAAUAACACUUGUGUUCUGCCACAGCAUCUCAAGUGUGUAAAUGUUAAAGUGGUUCUGCCCAGAGUUCCCCUCUGGCAAUGCUUUUUUUCAGGUAAUAUUUGGGCUCUUGGGAGGUUCUGGAGACUCUGAAUGUUGAAAAUCUGCAAGACAAAAAAGAGAAGAAAAUUGUCUAAAAGUCAAAACUAGAAAUACCGGAAAGCAAACGAUUCCAUCUCUUCUGUCUUCUGUGCUUGGGAAAUGGAAAAACCUUUACUCUGAAAGAACAAAUCAGUUAGAUGCAGUAGUAGCACUAAGUGCAAUGAAACAACUCUUUUUGGAUGAGGUGUUGAAAAGCAUCUAAAGGGAGAAUGACUUCUGUGGCUCUGUGAUAGCUGAUACUGCUUGACACACUCAAGGAGUCCUGGCAAGAUGACAUCUUCCAGAUUUCCCAUCCUUUUAGCAUUGGCAUUUUCCUCUUUGCCCUUUGUUCUUUCACAUUCAAACAGGGCAAUGUGGUUUCAGGAUUUCUUUCCACCUAAUGUGUGCCCUAUAAAUGCCAAAGCAAGCACUUUUUAUGGCAUCAUGUUUGACGCAGGAAGCACUGGAACCCGUAUUCAUAUUUACACUUUUGUGCAGAAGAGCCCAGAAAACCUUCCAGAGGUGGAAGGGGAAAUCUUUGAGUCUGUGAAGCCAGGUCUGUCUGCAUAUGCUGAUCAGCCUGAAAAGGGUGCUGAAUCUGUCAAAACAUUGCUGGACAUGGCCAUAGAUGCUGUGCCACCUCAUCUCUGGAAAAAGACCCCAGUAGUGUUAAAAGCCACAGCUGGACUUCGCUUGCUGUCAGAGGAGAAAGCUCAGGCGCUGCUUUCAGAGGUGAAAGAAGUCUUUGAGGAAUCACCAUUUCUUGUUCCAGAGGACAGUGUUGGCAUCAUGGAUGGAUCUCAUGAAGGAAUUUUAGCCUGGAUCACUGUGAACUUUUUGACAGGGCAGCUGUCUGGUCAGAACCAGCAAACUGUUGGGAUUCUGGACUUGGGAGGAGCCUCAACCCAAAUCACAUUCCUGCCACGGUUUGAGGAAACUCUGAAAGAAACCCCUGGGGAUUUUCUUACCUCAUUUGAAAUGUUUAAUAGCACCUACAAGCUCUAUACCCACAGCUAUUUGGGAUUUGGACUAAAAGCUGCAAGACUGGCAACACUUGGAGCUUUGAAUGUGGAAGUUGUGGAUGGACAAAUGUUCCGCAGUUCUUGUUUGCCAAAGCAGUUGGAGGCAGAGUGGCACUUUGGGGGAGUGAAAUAUCGGUAUGGCGGCAACAAAGAAGGAGAAACAGGAUUCAAGCCUUGCUACUUGGAAGUACUCAAGGUUGUCAAAGGGAAACUUCACCAGCCAGAUGAGAUUCGUGGAAGUUCCUUCUAUGCUUUCUCCUAUUACUAUGAUCGAGCAGCUGAGACUAACCUGAUCGAUUAUGAACGCGGAGGUGUCUUGGAAGUGAGAGAUUUUGAAAGAAAAGCCAAAGAAGUCUGUGAUAACAUGGAGAGGUACAACUCAGCCAGUCCUUUCCUCUGCAUGGAUCUCACUUACAUCACUGCUUUAUUAAAGGAAGGUUUUGGAUUUAGGGACAACACAGUCUUACAGUUGACAAAGAAAGUAAACAACAUAGAAACAAGCUGGACUUUGGGUGCUACCUUUUACCUGCUGCAGUCUCUGGGGAUGACCUAUUGACCUGUGAUACUGCUGUGGACUUCAGCAUUUCUGGAAGGCUGAGAAAGUAAAUUGCAAUCUCCAGAUAUGUUGUUCAGCUGGGACUGGUCACAGAGCAGAACAUGGACCAAAGAUACACCACAGAUCUUUACCUGGAUUGGCAUUGUGCCUAGUGAGAGUAUGAUUUAUGACUGUGAUUACCAUAAAUGAUUCAGAAUCUGCCUUAUGAAAGUUAAAAGGCCUAAAGUCCAGCAGAGAAUAUGCAAGGGGCUCAGAACCAGCUUUCACCAGCAAGUUUGUUAGAAGCACAGAGUUCCUGGAUGUGGUGGCAGACUACAGACACGUGACUUCCCCCACCCCCUUCUAUUUUAAACAUACAUAACUUAAGUUUGCCUGUGAGAUGUUCAAUACAGAAAUUAGAAACAGCAUCAACAGUCAUUCAGAGAAAAGUGAACAACUCUGGAUGCUGCCAGUCUCAGUGUUCCAAGAAUCCAGCUGCUUGUUUGGAAAUACAUGGCAAGAAUAUUCCAGUAUUUCAAGAACAGCCUGCUAUAAGUACACUUCGGGCAUGGUUUUGGGAAAGGUGUUGGCUAAAACAUAGUAAUUUACCAAGCAUUUUUUUAGGCAGUAGGCAUUUCCUAAGCAGAAUGUGUGCCUGACUGUUUCAGUUUUGCUGCCCUUUACAAGUCUGUGCAGCUACACCAUACAUCUGACUACCAGACUUGAUAAAUUUAUUCAUUUAGCAUGUAGUCAUAACACAUAGUUGUGCUGGCACAACGAGGCAGCAGUGCCAGCUAUUGAAACUCUACUGCCAGGAGAAGAGCUUGUCACAUUCCACCCACAAGGAGAUUGCAGUCAGAUGAAAUGGCUGAUCUGACAGCUCACUUCGCUGUGAGAGCCAGUUCUGUUUCUCUGCUCUCAGCAAGGCACACCCACAGCUCUUCCCUCUGCUGCUGGUGCUCUUUGGGUUCUUGUGUGGACUGAUUCAGGACACCUAACCUGAGGUGGUGCACACCCAAGUGUCAAGUCUGGUGCCAUCCCAAGGACAGCAGGCAUGGCACAGCGCAGGGAGACCUGUGAGCGGUCUGAGCACCACAAUCGCUUUUGCUGGGGUGAGCUCUAAGGUGUGGUCUCCCAUUUGAAACCUGUCCAUUGCCCUAGUAAAAACAACUGUAGACACUUUUUCUACCCCAUGAAAUAAUUGGCAGCUUCUACUGUCUUCUCUUCCCCAAGGAAUGUGUAAGGCACAAGUGAAUUUACCCCACCACAACAAAGAGGUAUUACUUAUGUGAGUAAGGGAAACGUUUAUCCACUGAUGUCUCGUGAUGAACAUUUCCCUGUUGGGCAGUUGCAGUUACCUGUUUGCUCUAAAACACCUUUCCCACUUCUGUGAAACCAAAGACUGCCCUCACGGUGUCUUCUCUGCAAAUUGGAUUUGAAAAUAACUGGCAGCUUCCAGCAAGGGGAGGAAGUAGUGUACUCAUGUCUCCAGUGGUCAUGCCAAACAGUUCGGAGACUUAGAACUUUGCCUUACUGUGAACAUUAGUCCUUUUCCUCUAGUUAGCAGUGCAAGUUUGCCUGUGGCUGAUUAAGCUACCCCUUUUCAUAUCUCAGGUUUUACAUCAUGAGGGUGCAAGGCGUGCUUUUGAUUGAACAAGUGCAAUCAGCAACAAGAAGCCAAGGGUUGGGGAUGGAGCCAUCCAUUCUUAUCCAUCCACCCUUAUCCCAUCAUUGACAUCGUGCCAGAAAUCCAGGCUGCUUUUUCAAAACAGGAAAUGCUCAUUCUACAUCUGCACUCCUUACCAGAAUCUGCUUGAGAUCCACAUUGAGAAAUUCCUUGGUGUCACACCAAAGUUGUUUCUUCCUCUCUAGGAGUUUCUGUUUGAACAUAAGGAAGUAAUUGUGGCCUCUUCUCAACCAUGAACCUUUCUUAUUCCUCCUCCUACUGUUGGCAAAACUUGUACAUGGUCUGGUCUGCAGAACAAAGUGACUGCAAAUGCAUUCAUUUUGUCUUCAGUGAGAAUUUUGUAUUCUCAGAAAACAUGAAGUAGGAUGUGGUGGUCACUGGCCAGGCUGUGCUAUCCUGAGAAAGAGCUAAUUUAAUAAUCCAGAAGUCAUCUUUCAGUCUGAGCCAGUGCUAUGACAAACCCUUACUGGAUGUUGGGACUAAGAGCUGUCAGCAGUGAGGCUGUGUUUUGAACAGGAAGGGAAGGUGGGAUGCUGUACCUAAGGAAGAAGCAGCAGCGUUGUCUACCCCCUGAACAUACAGUAGCCCCGAGGAGGGCUUGGGGCUGGUUUUUGUCUGAAGGAGGGAGGGGCUAGAAGAAGGGUACUAUGCAGAGGAAGUUGUUUUUUCUGCAUUCUUUUCCUCAGACUCUGGUACUUAAAUGCCUGGGGGGAGCAUCUGCUUCCCAGUACCAAAGUUGCAUUUAAUCUGAAUGCUCAGGGUCUUCACUUGUCAGUGGCACAAUUCGUUAACUGAAGCAGAACUGCUGCUUUCUAUUACUGGCGUGAUCCUUCAGUUAUGGGAAAAACAAAAGCUCUGUUAAAAAGUUUAUUUUGCAAGAAAUUGCAGAAUUGAGCCCCUGCUGUUUACAUCUGAACCCAAGUAGGUGGGGGGAUCUGGACAACCCAGUCAAGUCCUCACACUUACCCUAGUGCAAUGAGAUUAUUUAUUAGCUAAACUAAAGAGUAAGCAGCCUUUUAAGAGAAGAGCUCUACUUGCAGCCCUGAUUUUUAUCUCCGCCUUUGUAAUGGCUUUUAGCCAGCCACUAACAAGAACUGCCUCAUGUAAGUGACUGCAGAAGCACAAGUAAUGGCUUUCAGUUCAAAACUUACAUUUCAUUCUUUCUGAUGUUAAUUUCUGUACUGUGUAAAUCUUGCCCAUGGGCAGUACUUACUUUAAUUUUGUGAAUGGCAGAUGUCUAAUGCAAGAGGCGGGUUUUUGAACCUAAGACAGAAUAUCUUGAAUUGUCUAUUUUAGUAAUUAAAGCAUUUUUAACAAUA